AGUUCCGCAUUCCAGCGCGCUCGGAGGUACAUAAACGCGCUGAUGCAACGGGAACGAACACACAACCGAGCUGAACAGACGAGCAGCCGCAAACUCUCAGCACAAAACAACAGCAAUGAUGCCAGGUCAAAUCCCUGAUCCACUGGUCACGGCUGGUUCUCUGCCCAGCGUCGGUCCUCUGGCCGGUUUUCCUGCCACCACACUGACGGAGCAACUCAAACUGGCGGAACUUUACCGCCUCGGGACGGUUCUUUCUCCGUUAAUGCUCAACCGACACGCCAAAAGACCGUUUGACGACAUUAAGAGUGAGGAUGAUGACGAUGAUGAGCGCAAGAAAAGACGGCGAGAGAAGAAUAAAGUUGCAGCUGCUCGCUGUCGAAACAGAAAGAAGGAAAGAACAGACUUUCUGCAAAAGGAGUCCGAGCGGCUGGAGAUGUUGAACUCUGAUCUGAAGUCUCAGAUUGAGGAGCUGAAGUCGGAGCGGCAGCAGCUGAUUGUGAUGCUGAACCUCCACCGGCCCACAUGCAUCGUCCGCACGGACAGCGUGAAGAGCGACGAACACCCGCUGGAGCCCAGCGAAGACUGAAUAACUGCCGGGGAUUUCUGCUAAAACUUUCUUGCUAGAUUCUCAAUGAAGAAGAAGGGAACGGAUUUGUGUGUCUACCAAAAAAUCGUCCCUGAAAUCGGCCGUUAAGCUGGCGGCGGUAAAACCUUCUUGCUAGAUUCUCAAUGAAGAAGUAGGAAACGGAUUUGUGUCAACACCAAAACCUCAUCCCCGAUAUCGGCCAUAAAGCUGGCGGUGACGGAGCAAGGUUUCACAGUGUUUUUGGCUGUUUGAGCUGAAUGAAGCGUGUUGUUCCUCGAGCGGCCGCCAGAUGGCGCUGUCGGUCUGAGAAACUGUUCACUGACGUUUACAUUUGUUUGCGUUAAUUGACGCAGUCAGUUGUGUAUUUGUAUUACACGUUGUGUUAACUGUAUGACUGUUUUUUAUUAUGCCAUCACAUGAUGUGGUGAAUUAUAUUCCUAAUGUGUCUGUUGAGCGGCCACUUUUGUUACAAAUAAAGCCUAUUUUUCAAUAAAA